CCUUCAUCGUUCCCCAAAGAUCUGCAAAAACAGAAAGCUCUCAUUUUUCUCUCGAAAAACGCUUUCCCUUUCUCCGACUCAUGGCGGACUCUACUGAGUCACCAUCCACGUCGGCCAGCGAGCCCAAUUCAAUCCCCAACCCGAAUCCCAAUUCCCUUAUUCAUCCUCGUCGGGAGCCUUUCGAGCACGGACUCCUCCCAAUCCCCAAGCUCAUCUUCCCUGACCCGAUUCAAACGCUCACCCAACUCAGGCAGAAACUCAUUUCCCAUCCCCGUGUUGACUAUGCCACCCUUGCCGACACCCUUCAGAUCUCCGCCGACCAUGCUAAGCUCGUUCUCGACACCCUCGCCUCUGUUCUUCACAACGAGGCUGACCCGCUCGUCAAGGCCCAACCUGGAGAGAUUGAUUCGGUUGGGGCGGAUUUGCAUGAUCUGAUAUUAUUUUUGUAUAUACAGUCGUAUAAGAAGUUGUUGCCCAGGACACAUAAAGACUCUGCUGCCGUGGCCGAUGUCUGGCCCUCCACCUCAGCUUUCGAUGGGUACUUGUCGGCUUUAUCACCGCUUCAGCUUGUGCGUAGCAAUAGCCGUCGUUUUAUGCCAUCACAGGCUGAUGAAGAGGCUCAUCAGUUGUCCUAUCUACAAAAGCACAUGGCUAACAUUCUCUCUCUUUUGGCGGAGCCGGUGGAAGGCGAAGGCGAAGAGUCUCUGGUUUUGACAAUGGAAGGUUUUGAACACCUUGGAUUUCUGAUUCAAUUUGGUGAGAAGGGAUCUGAAGGAGUUCCAUUAAGCCAAGCUGCUCCAUUUUUUGCCAACUCAGAUCCCGACAUGCCUGCUGUUCCUGUGCCUGCUGCACAAGUUCAUGACUGGAUUUCACAGAAUAUAGCCUCUGCUUUGGAACAUAUCACUGAAAGAAUUUCUUCAAAAGAAAAUGGGUCACCCAGUGUCUCUGAUCAGGAUGUUGCCAUGGCUGAUGCCUGUACAAGUUCCAUCAGUGCUAGGGUAUCAAGUUUUAUUGAGGGGAUCUCUAAAUCUUCAUAUGUAAAACAAGCAUCUGAUUUUAAAGGUUCUUCUGUAAAGGUUUUGAAUUGCCACGAUUCUGUCAUUUACAUCUUAGCACCCUUGAGAUAUGCCACCAUCUAUGGAUGCUCUGACACUACUAUAGUUCUUGGAGCUGUUGGCAAGGCUGCAAGGAUUGAACAUUGCGAGAGAGUUCAUGUGAUUACAGCAGCAAAACGGGUCUGUAUUGCUAAUUGUCGUGAAUGUGUGUUCUUUCUGGGAGUAAACCAGAAACCACUCAUGGUUGGUGAUAACCAUAAGCUGCAGGUGGCACCUUACAAUACAUAUUAUUCAGAUUUGGAGGAGCACAUGGCUAAAGUGGGCAUUGAUACAACUAUUAACAGAUGGGAUGAUCCCUUGGCCUUGGGAGUGAUUGACCCACAUGAUUCAUUAUCUCAUCCUGCAGGUGUCUCUGAUGUUCAAGCUGAGUCAGCUACAAGCAUGGACCCUGAUCAAUUCACAAAUUUUCUCAUUCCUAACUGGUUUGGCAGUGAAUCACCUGGGUCAACAAAAGCUAACCCUUUUCCACUACCAGAACCUUAUAUGUCAGUUCAGCAGAGAAAUCAAAAGAAUUUGCACGAGAUAAAGCAAUUAUUGAGAGAAGCUCCUCUUGAAGAAAAUCGGAAGCGCGAACUCUCAUGUGCCCUGCAUCUACUAUUCAAGGACUGGUUAUAUGCUUCAGGCAAUAUCCGUCAGCUUUACUGCCUUCAAGGUGACUAAUCGGAUGAUGAAUGCAUUGAAUGACCAUAGUUGGUAACAGAUGGAAGCUUUCUGUUGCAGCCCCAUUUUUAUUAGUACUAGAGGCAGCUGAGAAUCAUCCCUAUGUACUUUGGAAUCGAACACAUUUGUCCGAUGACAGUGGUGCACAGAAUACAUUGAUUACGCUAAUCUCAUUGUAAUUUUUUUUUUUUUCAAAUGAAAAAUCUUGAUGUAAUAUUUGUUUACUUAGGUUUGCAAUCUUGUGAAUUUUUUCCUC